CCGCGACGUUCUCUUUCCUUUUCCUCGUCACCGGUCUCGGUGCCGCGCAGCGUGAGCGCGCCCGCCCGCCCGCGUGAAGGCAAAAGGGAAAUAACGGCAAAGGCUGCCCCCGCCGGCACCCAUGGGAGGGUGUGUGGGCACUCACCACGACUCCUCGGGCAGCCUGAACGAGAACUCGGACGGGACCGGAGUGGCCUUAGGACGUAAUCAACCUUUGAAAAAGGAUAAACCCAAAUGGAAAAGUGACUACCCUAUGACAGAUGGACAGUUACGUAGCAAACGGGAUGAAUUUUGGGAUACUGCACCAGCUUUUGAAGGACGGAAAGAAAUUUGGGAUGCUCUGAAAGCAGCAGCACACGCUUUUGAGAGUAAUGAUCAUGAACUGGCUCAAGCAAUCAUUGAUGGUGCAAGUAUAACAUUACCGCAUGGUGCCCUUACCGAGUGCUACGACGAACUGGGAAAUCGCUAUCAGCUGCCCGUUUACUGCCUUGCCCCUCCUAUUAAUAUGAUUGAAGAGAAGAGUGACACAGAAACUUUGGAUAUCCCUGACCCCCCUCCAAAUUCUGGUCAUGAAUGCCAGCUGCGACUGCGCCUCUCAACAGGAAAGGACCUUAGGCUCUUGGUGCGUAGCACGGACACUGUAUAUCACAUGAAGAGACGCCUCCACACGGUGGAAGGUGUGGAACCUGCCAGCCAGCGCUGGUUUUUUUCUGGCCGGCCACUCACAGACAAAAUGAGACUGGAGGAGUUGAAGAUUCCCAAGGACUACGUAGUGCAAGUAAUAGUGAGCCAGCCUGUUCCAAAUCCCACACCAGUAGAGAAUUGACCAUCUCAAAGACCAUGCUCACUAUCCUCAUCCUCUUUACUCUUGCUAUGUUUGUACGCAGCCUGUAACUUUUUUCUUUUCAUUUUUUUAAGUCCUGAGCUGUCAGAGCAAUGUAACCCAUUGCAGGCCUCUUUGGCAUCACAGGACUUGUAGCUGGUUCAGUGGACAUGUAACAGCAGAAGGAAGAGCCGGGCCUUCCUCUGAGUUUUAAUGGAGGGGGGGGGGAUCAGUUGUAUUUCUUAAUAAUGCAAACAAAAGACUUUUUAUAACAUCAGGAAAACUGUCUUUUUUUAUCUGUUCUAUAAAGGUUUGGACUGUACGUGGAGUAUUUAGCAUUGCACUUUUAAAAAAACAAUAAUGAAAAUUUUAAA